AAGUAACAAUAUUCAAAAUGGCGCAACAAAGCAGCAGGAAGUGAAAAAGGUUCGCGUUUUUUUUUCUCAUCACACGCAAUAACGUAUAAUAGUGAAAUAAUUUCUGUUAAAUUAAAAAAUUUUCCACUAAAUUUCGUAUGAAAUUUUUAAUUAAAACUCACGACAAUUUAAAUCCGCUUAUAAAAUAAAACGGUGUGAAAAAAAUAGUGAUUUAUGCAACACAGAAUUUUGUGUAUUAUAUAGUGAACAAAGGAUUUUUGAUUAUAAUUAUUACAAAACUUUUUUGGAAAAAUAAGCCUCGGGGUAAAAAAUGAAUUCAUCAAUGUUUCGUGUGCCAAAAACAACAAUGCCAACAAUUUGCCCAGUGAAUCAGGGUAAAAAAUUGAAAGAAUCACAAUCAAGAUGUUCGUAUCUUUCAUAUGAAUGUAGUCAACCUUGUUUAGAUGGUUAUACAUAUUGUGUUAAACAUGUGUUGGAGGAUCAAAAUGCACCGUUUAAACAAUGUAAUUUUGUUUACAAUACAAAUGGACGAAAAUGUCAGAAUGCCGCUCCAAAAUUGGAUCGACGCGAAGCUUCAUAUUGCCCUGAACACACGAGGAAAGCUCAACUUCUUCGAAUAAAAUCAACAUCAAAACAUUCUUUACCUCAAACUCCAGAAAUGUUGCUCUUAAAUCUCAAUCAUUAUGUGAAACCAACAAAUUUAUCCGAAAAGGAUGCAAAAAAUUUACCGGAAAAAUCUAAUGUCCUGGAUCCUUUCACGGAAAUCGAAGCAACGAAGGUAAAUGCAAAAGUGAGCGAUAUUUUGGACUAUGCAAGUUCAUCGGACAGCGAUGUUGAACCAGCGACAGUCAGCGAUACAAUUCGUGGAAUAUUUCUCGAUGACAGCGAUACCGAAAGUGUUCAUAGUCCACAGGAGGAUCCAUUGAAUAUUAAUUUUUUAAGGCACGCUGGAAUCUUUACUGCCGAGGAGGUGAUUUACAUCGCUCGUGAAAAACUCAUUCGUUUACAAUCAUUGUACAUUGAUCAAUUUCGAAGAUUGCAAUAUACAUUGAGGGAAAAAAGACGUAAAUAUCUUCAUUCAUUGAAGAAGGAGAAGGAAACUUUAUGUAGUAUUCAUAAUCAACCGAAGGAAGGUGGAAAAGAAAAAAAGAUUUAUGACAAAUUAAAAGCAUUAAAUCGUUAUCAUCGACGUAGUGGAUUUGAAGCGAUUCUUUAUCGAAAAUCCGUUGAACGACGUGUACAGGCAACGGAAGGUCAAUCGCAAAAACCGCCGAGCGUUCCAAAAUGUAUUUUCACUGAAGGUGGCGUAAAAUGCGGCGAAAGAACACUUCCCUCAGCGAAACAUUGUCGAAAGCAUAUUUUAAGCGAUCAAAAUCAGGUUUUGUUCAAGGCUUGCGGUGCAAUAAUGGCAGAUAUCGAAUGUCAUGAGCCAGUGCCAGUUAUUUUCGAUUCAAAUUGUGUUUUUCACAUGAAUUUACCGCCACAAUGUAAAUUGGAGCCAAUGAGAUUUGAGGAGAAAACGCCGAUAAAUGAAGAAACACCAAUGACAAUGGAUGGACAAUCGUCAUCGUUGGACAAUAAUGAUUUAAUUGAUGUGAGACGUCAGGAAAUUAUUGAUCCCGACGAUGAUAUGGCUGGUAUUAUGCGCGAAUUAAAUGACACGACUCCAAUUUUAAAUGCAAUUAAUAAUAGUAAUAAUAACAACAAUGAUGGGGCAAAUAGUGAAGCGAGCACUGAAACUACCUACAGUAUCACGCCACAUACCAGCGAUUUAAUGAAAGACAUUCAACUUUCAAAUUGAAAGUUUGUAAAAUUUCUAAAUUAUCUAUUUUCAAUUUUUUUUUUCUUUCUUUCUUUCUUAAUUUUUCUCUAAAAAUUGACGCUCAACAAUGCCGAAUUAUUUUAUGUAUCACAAAUUCUGUGCGUUCGAAUAUUAUUUUUUUGAAACUUGAAAAUUUAUUUGAAUAAUUAUUUAUUUAGUUUGAUAAAUUUUUUUUUUUUUUUUUGAAAA